UCAAUCAAAAAAAAAAAGGAAAUAUAUUUCUACAUAUGGAAACACCAUUCAUUAAAAGAUCAAACUACACAUUAUUAACACAAACAUACCAAGAUUCUGAUCAUAAUAAUUCUAAUAAUAUGCAAAGACAGUCAAGUGUAAGCAGUAGUUUUGGUGAUGAUCAAAGUUCAUAUUCUGGUGAUAAUAAUAGUUAUGUUCAUUAUAUGAGUGAUGAUGUUGUUAAUAAUGGUGAAUAUUAUGGGUGUUUGAAAAGCUGGGCUAAACAAACUGAAGAAAGUUAUCAGUUACAGUUAGCUUUGGCGUUACGCCUUUCGUUAGAAGCUUCGUGUUCUGAUGACCCGAAUUUGUUGGAUCAUGUUACUGAUGAUGAUCAGAAUUUGAAGUUGCGGGUCGUUGGGGAGUCUGCCGAAUCUUUGUCACAUCGAUUUUGGGCAAAUGGCUGCUUGUCUUAUGGUGACAAGGUUCCUGAUGGUUUUUACUUCAUUCAUGGAAUGGAUCCAUACAUAUGGACAGUAUGCAGUAAUCCACAAGAAAGUGGACGAAUACCAUCACUUGAGUCAUUAAAAGCUGUUAAUUCUGAGAUAGAAUCUCCAUUUGAAGUCAUUAUAAUCGAUCAACUUAUUGAUCCCAACCUCAGGGAACUGCAGAAUCAUAUUCUUAACAUAUCCCGUGGUAGUGACGACGUUGAGCAACUUGCGAAGCUUGUUUGCUUCCAGAUGGGAGGUGCAGCUUCAGGUGGAGAAAAUGAAUUAGUUCCACUGUGGAAGGAGUGCAGUGAUGGCCUCAAGGAACGGCUAGGAUCUGUUGCACUUCCGAUUGGUAGUCUCUCCGUUGGCCUUUGCAGACAUCGGGCUCUUUUAUUUAAAGUCUUAGCUGACACCAUUAAUCUACCAUGUCGAGUUGCAAAGGGUUGUAGACACUGCAGAAGAGAUGAUGCUUCAUCUUGCCUUGUUCGUUGUGGCACCAACAAGGAGCUCCUUGUUGAUUUAGUUGAAAACCCAGGUUACCUUUAUGAACCGGAUUCUCUUAUAAAUGGUCCAUCUUCCAUCUCAAUAUAUUCCCCGCUGCGUUUUCCACGAUCUAGACAUAUUAACCCCACAGUAAAUUUCGAGUCAAUUGCCAAACAGUACUUCGUUGACUGUGACUCGUUGAAUGUGGUGUUUGAAGAUCCAUCCACUGAUAUGAAUAUGGCUAUUCCAGUCAACAACAAUGAAGGUCAACCUAGAGAUCCACAGCUUGUGAAUGCAUAUAACCCACAGAAUAAUCUAGUCCCAACAAGAAUGAUCGAAAAUGCGCCAUUACAACAUGUUGCUCUUGAUGUGGAUGUUUUUGACAUUCCAUGGAAUGAUAUAGUUUUGAAAGAGAAAAUCGGGGAAGGUUCUUUUGGUACCGUUUGUCGUGCUGAUUGGAAUGGAGAAGAUGUAGCAGUCAAAACUCUAUCGUUUGAACAAGAUUUUCAUCCUGAGAAAUUCAACGAAUUCUGGCGGGAGGUUGCAAUAAUGAGACGCUUGCAGCAUCCAAAUAUUGUUCUCUUUAUGGGUGUCGUCACCCAGCCCCCAAAUAUGUCAAUAGUCACUGAAUAUUUACCAAGAGGUAGUUUAUUUAAGCUUUUGCACAAACCUGGUCCAAAAAAGAUAUUAGAUGAGCGGCACCGGCUGAAGAUGGCUUUUGAUGUGGCAAAAGGAAUGAAUUAUCUUCACAAACGUAAUCCUCCCAUCGUUCAUAGAGAUUUGAAAUCUCCAAAUCUUUUAGUUGACAAAAAUUAUACCGUGAAGGUCGCUGAUUUUGGCUUAUCACGGUUAAAAGCAAAUACAUUUCUUUCAUCCAAAUCUGCAGCGGGGACUCCCCAGUGGAUGGCUCCUGAAGUCCUAAAUGAUGAGCCAUCUAACGAGAAAUCGGAUGUGUAUAGCUUUGGUGUUAUUUUAUGGGAGCUUGUAACUUUGCAGAUGCCUUGGAGUAAUCUAAAUGCUAAUCAGGUUGUGUUAGCAGUAGGUUCUAAGCAAAAAAGACUUGAGAUUCCUCAUGAUGUAAAUCGUCAAGUAGCGGCCUUGAUAGAAGCUUGCUGGGCAAAUGAUCCAUGGAAGCGGCCAUCCUUUGCCAGUAUCAUGGAAUCUUUAAGACAAUUGAUAAAACCUCUUACACCACAACCCAAUGGUGUGGACAUUUAGCUGCUAGUGUGAUCAUGUGAAGAGUGCCUUAGUGUCAGUUGCGUAAAUAAACAGUGGUAUGAGAUCUAUAACUCAAGUUACGUUCAUGUAGAUAUCAGUUCAGGUUGGUACUUGAUCUCUGGAUAGCUUUAUCUAACUUAUAUCAUAUAGUUCUGAAAGUACAUGAACAAAUCCAACGCGGAAUUCAGUAUUAUCAUUACUAAAUAUAAGUUUUUUUUUUGUUGUAAAAUGUGUUGAUAUUAGUUCCCAUUUGAGAGUUAAAUGUCAAAGCUGUACAAUUGUAGUGAUUAUACCUUAAAUUCAAGGUUAUCUUUGACUUGGAAUUGGGUUACUUUGACAGGUGAUCAACUAUUUAAAUAGAUCUUGAUUUUGACACAUUCCAGCUAAUGACUUCAGCAUAUCUAAAUUCGUCUUCUCUGUCUACAUUUGUGAAGUUACGGGUACAUUGAUCGUGUUUAUGCAAUAAAAACAUCUUAGUUUGGGUUGAAGCUGAUUGUAGUCUAUCUGAAGUCUUUCAUGUCAUACGAUCGAAGUCUAUAAUGUGUGACAAGAUAUUGAAAGUAGAUAAACACUAAAAUAUGUCAGGAGCCAUGAGACAGAAUCAUAACCUCUAAGUAUACGAAAUGAUGUCUAACACGCAGCAAGUUUAAAUAAUGCCAUUGCGGUCUUGUUCUGUUGUCAUGUAAAGCGUAAACAAAUUGAUACGAAAUCGAACAAUGUAUUAUUAUAGUAAAUGGAACUUGUAUAGGUGUAAGAGCCACGCAAAGUUUUGAGUUGUUAAAA